UUUCAGGUGGAUUCACCGAGUCGCGUGAGGGAGAUUUUCCCCACCGAAGCAGUGGCGGUUCGUCCAACGUCGAGUGUAACGGUGCAUCGUCAAAGACGGGGAAUAGUUGGGCAUACAGUGAUCGACCAGGAGCAGGCCCAAACACACGGUAUGCCGGUUGACUGAAGAUGGCCUCGCCGACACCAUCGCUGGAAUCGCGCGCGAAUUCCCUCGGCUCCCUGGCCUCGCUCUCGCCGCUCACAGUGAGCGACAGCUCGCCCCCGGCGAGCGACUCGGCCAUCUGCGACGUCGACAGCUGCGACCUGUGCCUCGACGCGCCCCUCGGCAAGCCCGGCGACGCGGCUACCUCCUGUCCGCGCUGCUGUCGCCUAGGCACGACCCCGUCAAGCGGUGGCACCACCCACCACCUACACCACAUCAUAACCAGCAACGGUACCACAUCGGUGCCCAACAUCAGCGGACCCGGCUCAUCGGCCAGUAGCACCAGCAGCUGUUCCUCCUCGAGCAGCAGCACCAGCGGCACGGGCAGCGCGACCGGCAACCUAUUAGCGGGCGUCUCGCUAAGUCCCCUCGUCCUCGGCGAUCUCGGCAUCGUCAACGGCCCCCCGAGCACCAACGGCGCUAUCAUCAACGGCAACACCCUCGGCUGUUCCCUCGGCCUCGGUGUACGCUGCACCGGCUGCAAAUCCACCGAGUCCGACGCUGUGGCGCGCUGCUACGACUGCGCCAAUUUUCUCUGUCCCAAUUGCGUGAUGGCCCACCAAUUCAUGCACUGUUUCGAGGGCCACCGGGUCCUUAACCUCGGCAACGGCAACACAACAACCACCACCACCACCACCAGCAGUGGCAACAACUCGAACGGCUCAUCCUCGAAGCCGAUACUGUGCGCGCGCCACAAGGGCGAGCUGCUCAAGUACUAUUGUCGCAGCUGCACGGUGCCCAUUUGCAAGGAGUGCACGCUCAACGAGCACCCGAGCCCGAUGCACGAUUACGUGCACGUGAGCGAGAUCGGGCCGCAGCUUCACGAGGCGGUGACGCGCGCUGUCCAAGAGUGCCGUGGCAAGGCCGGCGAGAUCAGAUCUGCGGUCAAGGCGGCCGAUCACGGCGCGGCCCGGCUCCAGGUACAGUACCACAAGGCCCAGAACGAGAUCAACGAGACCUUCCAGUUUUACCGGUCGAUGCUCGAGGAGCGCAAGCAGGAGCUGCUCAAGGAGCUCGAGUCCAUAUUCUCGGCCAAGCAGAUCAGCCUCGGCGUCUGCACGCAAAAGGCCAACGAGAUGGUCGACAAGAUACAACAGACCUGCGACUUUGUCGAACGAGUGAGCAAGUGUUCGAACGUCCUCGACGUGCUCAUGGUGAAGAAACUGCUGGACGGCAAGCUCCAGAUGAUACUCAAUUAUUCGGCGGACGUCAACGCCCAGACGACGGAUCUCGAGUUCGUCAGCAAUUACCAGGCUAUCCAGGUUGGUGUGCGCAACACUUUCGGCUACGUGCGCAGUAGCAGCAACGGCGGUGGUGGAGGAGGCGGCAACGGUGGCGAGGGCAAUUCUGGUCCGAGCAAGCAGCCACCCAUAGCCAGACCCUCGGCCAGUCAUGGUCAGCAGAUGGGCGGUGCUCCGGGAAGCGGGAGCAGCUCGGCGAGCAGCGGACCCGGUAGCAGCGGCUCGCCCUCGCCCUUCGAGAACACGGGCAGCGUCAUCAGCAAGCGUUUCUCCUCCGCCAACAGUCUCGGGCCCUUCUCCACCAGCAUCAGCGAGCUCCACCUCAACGGCAUGAACAACCCCUACGAGAAGUGGAGCAACGGCGGCUCCGAUCCUUACCCCGGGGUCACGGUGCCCGAGCACGGCUUUCCGAUACCCAACGUGUCGGCCACUGGUGCCGGGGCGCCUGGCGACUCCGUACUCGACCUUACCUCCAAACUGAUGCCCACAGCGGCCAUAUUCCCGCUCAAGUCGCAGAUCAAGCGCCAAAAGAUGAUUUAUCACUGCAAGUUCGGUGAAUUCGGGAUAAUGGAGGGCCAGUUUACCGAGCCCUCGGGGGUAGCCGUGAACGCGCAGAACGACAUCAUUGUCGCGGACACGAACAACCACCGUAUCCAGAUCUUCGACAAGGAGGGACGCUUCAAAUUCCAAUUUGGCGAGUGCGGCAAACGGGACGGCCAGCUGCUCUAUCCCAACCGUGUGGCUGUCGUUCGCACCUCGGGUGACAUCAUCGUCACGGAGCGCUCGCCUACUCAUCAGAUACAGAUCUACAAUCAGUACGGCCAAUUUGUCCGCAAAUUCGGCGCAAACAUCCUUCAGCACCCGCGUGGCGUCACUGUCGACUCCAAGGGCCGCAUCGUCGUUGUCGAGUGCAAAGUCAUGCGAGUCAUUAUCUUCGACCAAAUGGGCAACGUUCUCCAAAAGUUUGGCUGCUCGAAGCACCUCGAGUUCCCCAACGGCGUUGUUGUCAAUGACAAGCAGGAGAUCUUCAUCAGCGACAAUCGAGCGCACUGCGUCAAGGUCUUCAAUUACGAGGGUGCCUACAUCCGCCAGAUAGGCGGCGAGGGCAUCACCAAUUACCCAAUCGGCGUUGGCAUCAACAGCGCCGGCGAGAUCCUGAUCGCUGACAACCACAACAACUUUAACCUGACGAUCUUCACGCAGGACGGCAAUCUCGUCUCGGCCCUCGAGUCCAAGGUCAAGCAUGCCCAAUGCUUCGACGUCGCGCUCAUGGACGACGGUAGCGUCGUUCUCGCGAGCAAGGACUAUCGGCUUUACAUCUACCGCUACGUGCAGGUGCCGCCUAUCGGCAUAUAGAGUCGCGUUCAGCGACACCGAUGACGCGCCCUCCUACAUACAAGAAGCACAGCAGCAGCAGCAGCAGCAGCAGCCGCGACAAAGAGGGACUGAACUGCAACGGGAGCACAAAUCUGCUGGCUAGUGAGACCCAAUCGAGCGCACAGUUGUGCCGAUAUUUUUCUCUCUCGCUCUCACUCUCUGCAACUGACACAUGUACGUACGUAAUCGCUCGUACUUGGGCCCAAGCCACCUUUUCGUUUUUUUUUUUUUUUUUUUUUUUUCCUUUUCCUUGGAGAGCAUGCCUUUCCCCUCUGUCUCUGCCUGCCUUUUCGCUGAUGUGUAUCUGUUGUUUAAGAAAGGAAAAAAAAAAAAAAAAAAAAAAAAAACAGUGCGUGUACAAAAACCCGGGAGCUACAACCUCUGUGUAUUUUUUAUGAGCCGAUAGAACUAGACUCUGCAUACAUCCGAGGAACAAUACUGUGUGU